AUGGCCUUCCCUGAGUCUAUUGCUUUUCCUCCUGCCCUGAUUUGGGGGUUUGCUUUGUCCCUAGCUUUGAAGGAGCCCAUCCAAUCUGAUACCACCAUCAUAGCAGCCCUUGGAGGAGAGGCAAAUAUCUAUUGCAACUUCUCACUCUCAAUGGAUGUUUUGCAAGUCACCUGGCAGAAGAGAAACGGGACUUCCUUCCAGAAUAUGGCCACCUACAGCCCAAUAUAUGGGCAGAGGCUGAUAGAGCCAUUUCAGAAGAAGGUGCGUUUCACUAUAGCAGCCCCAAACACAUCAGCUAUCACCCUCCAAAAUCUCACACUUGAGGACGACUCCUAUUACAGAUGCAUUUUCAAUGUGUUCCGUCAUGGCUCCUUCAGCAAAGAGAUAUGCCUCAACAUCCAAAGCACUCAGAAGAACACAGUCAUCAUCACGUCAAUAUUAGCAGCUGUGUUCCUCUUACUGGUCUUGAUAUAUUCUGUCAUGAGACUAUACAGCAGAAGGAACAAGCAGAAGACACACUCAGGAGCACCCAGAACUCCUGCAAAGGAGACAAGCUUACAGCAAGACCUAUGUGAGAGAGCCUCUCUGAGUCUGCACACACCGAAAGACCAGCACAUCACUUAUCAAAACGAGGGAGAGCUAUGCCAUGGGAUACCUCUCACAGGAGACAGUUCUCAUGAACUUCUCCAUCAUAGUUCCAAUCUCACAAGCAGAAGUUCUGCCAAAACUGUUGCAAUGUGA